AUGUCAGUGUCGGGCCCCCCGCGCCCGGUGCGUACUAGUUCAGUGGCCGGGCCGACGCCGAACAACCGGGACGUGUACGUGUUGCUUAUAAUCGUAGAAAUGCACGAUGUAUUGUUGAUACAGUUUGUCAGAUCACACAGAGCGUUGUACGACUUCUCACACCCAAAGUAUUGGGACAGCGAGUACAAAAACAAAUUGUGGGACCAAAUCGGGAAGAAAUUGAACAGCGUCGGAACUACGUGUCGCUCUCGCUGGCACAACAUUCGAGACCAAUACAGAAAAACCCUAAAGAAGACCAAAGCCAAGAAAGGACAAAAUGCAAAGAAAAAAAUUCGAUAUUACAAAUAUCACAAACAAAUGUCUUUUAUGAAUAGUUUUUUUCAUGAACGAGAAAAAAAGGAGACUCCGCCUGCAGACGACGACGAUGAUUAUAGCAAUAUGCAUUUAAAAACGGAUAAUGAAGACGCUUCCUCUGAUUCUUCGAGACCAGAAUCAAAUAUGGAGACAUUUCCUCCCGCUGUAGUGUGUCUAGAACCUUCUAUAAACGCGACUACGCCACUCUCGGGAACCCGUCAUCCCCUAUCUUCUGACCGACCCGGCUCCCCAAAAGCAUCAGCAUCUUCCUUGCAAGAGAAAAAAGAAAUCAAUCAAGUAACAAAUACAGCAGCAUAUUUAAUGGAAUAUAUACUAAAACAAAGAGAAAAGAAAUUCGAAAAUCCUGUUGAUAAAUUUUUAGACGGUAUUGCACCUACGUUAAAAUCUUUCAGGCCUUACUGUCAAAAUUUAGUGAAGUCGGAAAUAUUUGCCACCGUUCAAAGGUAUGAGAUGAUGAUGUUAAAGGAAUUACAGGAUUUAUAUAGUCAAAGACCGAAUGUAUCGGAUACACAAAAGUCUUCUGCUUCAGCAGAUAAUAAGGAUAUCGUUGAGAAGAUAAAAGAAAAUUAAUUUAUAAUUUAUUGUCGUAAAGUCUGGUUUUAACGAGCUAUUAUUAUUUACGCGCAUGUCUCUGAACGAAUAAUGUAAAAGAGGGUUAAGUUAACCCUUUGUAAAGCCGGUUUAAUGUUUUCGACUGCGACUUCAACCUCGGAAAUGCGUUUGGUAUUUGAACGUACAACUUUAACUAGCACGUUAGUGUAUACAGUAGAGGUGUCAAAAUGAUGAAACGAGAGAGCUUUCAUUUGCAAAUGUGUCCUAGAUCAUGGUUUCGGAAACGAGAAACUUCUGUAAUAUCGCCUCUUACCUGUCAAAGUUUUUUCUCGUGUUCCUUUGACUAUGUAACGUGUUUCUAUGCGUCACUUUGUUGACAUGUUUGUCUUCAGCAAAUCGUAUCUUGAGUGAUUUUCGAAAGUUCAAAUAACCUUACCCAAAUCUCAAUUAUUUUCCUUUAAGGCUAGGAACAGCAAACUACAUAUAUUUACUUUUUAUUCAUCAGCAUUCGUGAUUUUAUCAUUGUUCUGGAAUUAUGAAUGUUCCUAAGUAGUACAAAUCACGUAAUAACAGAUUGCCCGUUUGCUUGCUAGUCUAUACUAUAAAAAGUAAGACUACAUUUUCUAUCAUCAAAUUCCAAAUAACAUAUAUUUUCUUGAAAUAUAUUCUAGAAGGUAAGACUUGUAUAUAGCUACAUUUAUAUUACUAUUGAAAUAUAUUUUAACGUGUAAAAUAAUAUUGUUAUUUAUGUGUUUUAAUAUAACGUGUGAGGUCACCUACCAAACAACCUACGAAUUUAUCUUUUUUAAUAUAUUUUGUGGUAAAAAUAAGGCAUGUUAUAUGGAUGAUACGCAGAAUGUUGGCGAAAUCUGAUGUUCGAUAGGUUUAAAGUAUAUCUUAAGUAUUAUAUUUCAUCAGUGGCAUUCUAAAACGAAACUAACCGAAACCUUUUAAAUAUGAUGUAAAUUGUGCUGGAUAAGCAAAAGUGUAAAACAUGAAAAAAUUUAAUACGAACACAGCUCAAAAAGCCCAAUAAAUAUAGAGUUCAUUAUUCUCUAUAAUUCUGAAGCUCUUAUACCUACUUAAUGGAGAGCGACUCGUCGCUUCACAGCUUUUCGACUUUGUGUCAUUGUAAAUUGAACUCUACGCGUUUAUAGCGGUCAAAGGACAUUAAAUACAAUAUUGAAAA